GAGAGCUUGAGCUGCAGUGCAAUUUUGUUUUCUAUUGGUAUCUUGACGGUUGGGAACAAGGGACGCUGUCCGAAUGGGGAUUCCGGGGCUGAUCCAUGCCAUCGGCGCUGGUGAACGUAUUUCCUUGUCAAAAUUGGCCAUAACCCAUUUGGAGCGCACAGCUAGGCCUAUUCGUAUUGCCGUGGACAUCUCGAUAUGGCUGUUCCAAGUGCAAGCUGGCCGGGGUGGUCGAAACCCCGAGCUACGAACGUUGUUUUACAGACUAUUGAAGAUUUUAGCGCUUCCAAUCCAUCCUCUUUUUGUAUAUGAUGGCAAGAACAAGCCGCCUUUCAAGAGAGGCAAAGCCGUGUCAAGUCGCAGUUACGGAAGUGCACCAAUCAUUCGGCUCUCUAAGAUCUUAGUCGAUCUGUUCAAAUUUCCGCGUCACGAGGCGCCAGGAGAGGCAGAAGCAGAGUGUGCAAGACUGCAAAGAGCAGGAGUUGUUGAUGCAGUCAUGACGAAUGACGUUGACGCUCUUAUGUUUGGCUCAACAUUUACCGUCAUGGGCUUUUCCAAAGAAAGUGGCAGCAGCACCGGGGCUGCAACACAUGUUACCUGCUACCGCAUGAACACCGAUGGCGAUCCUUCGAGUGUAAAGCUUGAUCGUGCAGGCAUGAUCUUGUUUGCCAUGUUGAGUGGGGGUGAUUACUUGCCAUCGGGAGUCCCUAAAUGCGGUAGCAAGCUCGCUGGCGAGAUUGCCAAAGCUGGCUUUGGCGCAGAUCUUCUUGAGAUCCUUGAGUCAGAUGGCGCCGAGCUCGAUGCCAGACUAAGCGAUUGGAGAGAGCGACUCCAGUAUGAGUUGGAAGAAAAUGAAAGUGGUUACUUUCAGACCAAGCACAAGGUUGUCCGAAUUCCCGACACUUUUCCUGAUCGGACGAUUCUGUCGUAUUAUGCGAAUCCUGUGGUUUCUUCGACAGGCGAAAUCAGAGCCCUUCAACACAACCUCUCAAAUGCUUGGGACAAGGACAUAGACGUUGUCGAACUGAGGAGAUUUGCUGCCGACGCCUUUGAGUGGAAUUACCGCUCUGGGGCUAGAAAAGUGACCAGAUUACUUUCUGAGCCGCUUCUAUCCUACCGACUACGCCUUGGAAGACAAGCAUCAGCAUUUCCCGCGAACUGCCCUACGUUGUCGAACAGCAACACGCCGAUGCUGCAAAAGAUCUAUAAAAGCAGAUCUAGCUAUAGUACCGACGGCUUGAAGGAGUUUCAGCUGGAAAUCAUUCCUGUCGACAUUGUUGGCUUGGACAUUCUUGCGGACGAGCCAAAUCCUCCACUUCCUUCUCAAGAGUCGACGGUCUCAGGGGACGAGGAGGAGGAACUGGAUGAUAAUGUGGUAUCGGUGCCUCAAUCCCCGGUAAAGAAACGUGUCGUAAAGCGCUAUGAUCCUUAUUCCUUUGAGAAGGUGUGGAUAUUCGAAACCCUAGCCUCGAUAGGACUCCCAGAUGUCGUGAAGAACUGGGAACGAGAGCAAGCUGAAAAGUUGGCGCCGAAGAAAACAGCGGCGCGAAAGACAGGGCCUAGGAAAAAAGGGCCUAUAGACCCGAACAUGAAGCGAGGUAGCAUCUUGAAAUAUGGUACCCUCACGAAGGAGCGAACCGAAAUAUCCCGCCACAAAAGUGCGCAGCUCUUAGAGGCAGCAGUCUCGGCCAAAGCAACUGCUGUACCUAGCCUGUCGAGUUCCCGUCAGUCUCAAGAUUCUCCUAAUCCUUCAAGGAAGCCAUCAGCGUCUGACAUAUCCAUACAGCAGCAGCCAUUGACUGACUCAAGUGACGAUUCGCCGAGCCUCGAUGAUCUAAUCGACAAAUUUUCUUCAUUGAGUCAUGCACCGUACUACACAACUAUCAAACAGCAGUCACCCAGAACAACCCGAGCACGUGGCAGAGCUGGAAGACAGCCUGCUUUGACAGAUGCCACCGUUCCAAAGACAAAGAAGUUGGCUUCCGCAGAGAGUUCUCCAGCUCUUUCGCCGACCAAAGAGAAUGCCCAGGCAAGCUCAAAACGCUGUAUGCGGAAGGGGGAUGCGACAGACGACAAGAAGUCUGCACUUCGUUCGAUAUCUCCGAACCAUGCAGGCCGCCAAAAUGCAUCGAAGCCCCGGCGCAAAGGAGACAAACUAACGUCUGCUUGCGAGGUUGAUAAACUACAACAAGCGAUAUCUUCCAUAGCAAUGGAUGACGCACAAUCGCGCAAGGACGCCACAGAACUCAUCUGCCUAGAUGAUACUGGGCCCAUGCCUCGAAGAAGCUCGCGCCAGAAGAAGGUGUAUAACACCAGGUCUGGCCCUGCUGGGGCCGCCGAGCGCAUAGCCCGCCCUUCGCCUUCUGUGGAGAACGGCGAGCCUGUCUUGGUAUCAGAAGAAGAUAAUGCUGUAGAUACAAGAAAGCGCCGGGAUCGUGAGAAUCCCUCGAGUCGGACACAAACAUCGUCCUCAACGAGCGAGCCCACGGAGCUCAAGCCUCGGAAAGGCAAAUCUUCUGAAAAGCAAGACGACAGUCCAUCGACAGUCUCACACAUUGAAUCUGUUGUUGUACACGACGGGUUCUGGACGACAGACACUAGCUCAAAAACUGGAUCUGCAGAAGCUGCAAGUACGACCGACAGUCGAACCAGUCGCGGCAAGAAGAAGCGGAUCGCCCGUGUGAGCAUCUUGGACUUGACCUGA